GCGGCUUGUUGAUAAUAUGGCGGCAGGCGCGGCCCAGGCAUCUUUAGGAGGCAGUGGGGCCCACACCCGGAAGAAGCGUUUUUUCACGAGCUAGUGCGGCGGCUGCUGCGGACCCGGAAGUCCGGGCCAGUUGCUGAAUGAGGGGAGCCGGGCCGUCCCCGCGACAAUCCCCCCGGGCCCUCCGCCCCGACCCGGGUCCCGCCAUGUCCUUCUUCCGGCGGAAAGUGAAAGGCAAAGAACAAGAGAAGACCUCAGAUAUCAGGUCAAUUAAAGCUUCAAUAUCUGUACAUUCCCCACAAAAAAGCACUAAAAAUCAUGCCUUGCUAGAGGCUGCAGGACCAAGUCAUGUUGCAAUCAAUGCCAUUUCUGCCAACAUGGACUCCUUCUCAAGCAGCAGGACAGCAACACUUCAGAAGCAGCCAAGCCACAUGGAGGCUGCUCAUUUUGGUGACCUUGGUAGAUCUUGUCUGGACUACCAGACUCAAGAGACUAAAUCAAGUCUCUCAAAGACCCUUGAACAAGUCUUGCAUGACACUGUCGUCCUCCCUUAUUUCAUUCAAUUCAUGGAACUUCGUAGAAUGGAGCAUUUGGUUAAAUUCUGGUUAGAGGCCGAAAGUUUUUACUCUACAACUUGGUCCCGUAUAAGAGCACACAGUCUGAAUACGGUGAAGCAGAGCUCAUUGGCUGAGCCUGUGUCUCCAACUAAAAAGAAUGAAACCACAACAUCUUUUGUAACUGAGUCUCUUGACAAGAGAUUGGAGGAUUCUGGCUCAGCCCAAUUGCUUAUGACUCAAUCGGAAAGAACUGACCUGAAUAAUAGAACUAACAACACUCAGAAUCACUUGCUGCUUUCCCGGGAAUGUGAAGAUGUCCAUCCUCUCCAUCUUGAAAUGACCAAAGGAACUUAUCAAGAUUCCAUGGAAAACCAAGAAUCCUCCAAACUUAUAGUAGCUAGUAGAAAUAGUCCACUAAGUGAAUUAUCAGGAAAACUAAUGAAAAGUAUUGAACAAGAUGCAGUGAGUACUUUUACCAAAUAUAUAUCUCCAGAUGCUGCUAAACCAAUACCAAUUACAGAAGCAAUGAGAAAUGACAUCAUAGCAAAGAUUUGUGGAGAAGAUGGACAGGUGGAUCCCAACUGUUUUAUUUUGGCACAGUCCAUAGUCUUUAGCGCAAUGGAGCAAGAGCACUUUAGUGAGUUUCUGCGAAGUCACCAUUUCUGUAAAUACCAGAUUGAAGUACUGACGAGUGGAACUGUUUACCUGGCUGACAUUCUGUUCUGUGAGUCAGCCCUCUUUUAUUUCUCUGAGUACAUGGAAAAAGAGGAUGCAGUGAAUAUCUUACAGUUCUGGUUAGCAGCAGACAACUUCCAGUCUCAGCUUGCUGCCAAAAAGGGCCAGUAUGAUGGACAGGAAGCACAGAAUGAUGCCAUGAUUUUAUAUGAUAAGUAUUUCUCCCUCCAAGCCACACAUCCUCUUGGAUUUGAUGACAUUGUCCGGUUAGAAAUUGAAUCCAAUAUCUGCAGGGAAGGUGGGCCACUCCCUAACUGUUUCACAACUCCAUUAUGUCAGGCCUGGAUGACCAUGGAGAAGGUCUUUUUGCCUGGCUUUUUGUCCAGCAAUCUUUAUUAUAAAUAUUUGAAUGAUCUCAUCCAUUCAGUUCGAGGAGAUGAGUUUCUGGGAGGGAACAUUUCAUUGACUGCUUAUGGCUCUGUUGGCCCUCCUCAUGAGUCUCACCCAGGUGUUUCCAGCAGCUCAUCUUCUCAGUCCAGUGUGAAAAAAACCAGCGUUAAAAUUCUGAAAAAUUUUGAUGAAGCAAUAAUUGUGGAUGCUGCAAGUCUGGAUCCAGAAUCUUUAUAUCAGCGAUCAUAUGCAGGGAAAAUGACAUUUGGAAGAGUCAGUGACCUGGGGAAGUUCAUCCGAGAAUCUGAGCCUGAGCCCGAUGUAAAGAAAUCAAAAGGAUCCAUGUUCUCACAAGCUAUGAAGAAGUGGGUACAAGGAAGUACUGAUGAGGCCCAAGAAGAACUAGCUUGGAAGAUUGCUAAAAUGAUAGUCAGUGACGUUAUGCAGCAGGCACAGUAUCAUCAACCAUUAGAGAAAUCUACAAAGCUAUGACUCAAGACCUGAGAUAAAGGAAAUCUGCUUUUGAAGAAUAAGAGAACUUUUUUCCUUUGGUUGGAUUCUUCAACACAGACAAUGAAAACAAAGCACUGUAUUUCUUUUCACUGAUGUAUCACUGUUGUUCCCAAGAAAGAAUGGCAGACAAUCCAAGACUUCCACCAUAAUGCAGAGUAACAUGCAGGCAUAUGUGAUGCACAUGAUGUUCACACAGUGAAAGUCAUAAAGAGACAAAGUGGUAUUGUUUACAUUACUAGAAAAUUAGUAGUUUUCCAAUGGCAAUAACCCAUUUAUGAAAGAGUUUUAGCCUGCUAGGAUAGACAGGGGCCACAUCCUGUAGGAGGCAGAUAAGCAUAAAGCUGGUAACUGAUGCACAUUCUUGUAGAGGUAACUCCUCCCUAAUAGCUCAUAAAGCAGGUACCAGAGGUGCUUUGCUUUGUCCUAAAACAAAAAGGUGAGUUUGCCCCACUGAGAGCCAGGAGGCUCAGAGUGGCAGUGCAGUGCUAGCAGAUUGUUUUCCUUCCCUGUAAUGGAGUGCAGGUUCAUUAUACAGCCUUCCUCCACAGAGUCUGCAUUAGUUAGGAAAAAAGCUAACACAGGUCAGGUAUCGGUGAUACUGCCCUUCCUUUGGUAACAGUAUGCAAUUUUCACAUUUUAUUUGUUCCUGACAUAUAGUAUACUUAAAACCAGUCUUUCCCCGGGAUAGGCCUCUGCUAACAAAAGGGAGGAUCUAGUUUACUUUGAGCGUUAGGACUUGUUGCUCUGGAAUUUUGCACUUCAGUUACUUAGCUCUCCCUUAAGAAUACAUGUGGAAAGAAAGAAAUAAUAACGAUCACUCCUGUUUUUCCCCUGUGGUACCAUGAACAAAAUGCUUAUUCCAGAUUGUACAACAUUUUUUAAGAAGGUAGGGGGAAGGUAGGGGGGAAAGCUGGAAAGUUUGCAGUUGGUGGCCUUUUUUUCUGUCUCAAGAUGGUAAGAGACUCUAACUCACUGCUCUUUUACUUAGUUGGCUUCUGUGUCUGGACCACAGAGCCAUUCAUCGGGCUGUCCAGUAGCAAGCACACUCCACUAGCCACACAGAUGCUUAUGCUUCCUUGUCACCCGUGUCUGUUUGAGGGGAAAGGAAGUUCUGUUAGGUGUUACUGCUUUUGCUCAGACUGCAAAAAAAAAAUAGUAAUUGUUUUAUACAUAUAUGUAUGUGUGUGUAUGUGUAAUUAUUAAUCACCUCUGUCCUUGAGAAAGUCUUGAAUGGAGAAUUUAUUCCAUUGCAAUAUUUGAUUGUAUAGAGGCAUACUGUUU